AUGCUUUCGGGUAUGAGCCAUCUUUUGGCCCAUGGCCGGCAGCAGCCAGGCUCUCAGGGCGCGCUGGCCACCGGAUCCAUUGAGAUGCUCAUCUCAGCGGGGCAAUUUGAAAGGGUUCUCAAGCAUAGCGAUUUUAUUCCCUAUUUGCGUGCAGAUAAUAAGGUUCUUCUGAGCUACCUCUGCAAUCCUCAGACUAUUCUUCGCAUAAUAGAAGUAAUGUGUGUAGACUUAGCCGCACAGCACCAGAUAGAAAGCUAUUACCAAGGACGACCAGGAAUCCAGCCAAGUGUCGUGUACACCACGCCCAUAAUUCAUAGAAUGGAGCUUGCCGACAUAGCUGCAGAGAUCUUCUCCCAGACCAUGCACAGUUCGCCCUUUCUGGACAGGUUUAUUUCUCAUCGCACUGCUUUAGCUCUUCUUUUUCAGUUUUUGGCCCAGAACUACUCAUCUACCCUCACUACUGACAGGGUGCCGCUCCCCCAAGUACGUCCGAACCCCAUUAUUGCUCGCUAUUUCGUCAUUAUUGUAACGGCGUUUAUUUCCACUCCCACACGCAUUUCUGCUUUUACUUCCGCCCUAAGAAGCCCAGAAUGCAGUAGGUGUCUUGGAUACUGGAUCGCAGCGUUAGAGAACUCCGGCGUAGCAGAAGCACUGCGGAAUUUUAUUAUUUGUCAGGACGACUUCCCUCAGACCUGCAAAAACGAAAUAUAUGCUCUUCUGCGUGAAAAUAAAACACUAGAGACACUGAUUGAUCUACUUCUCUGCAAGUACGAGGUGCCGUCAACUGCUAGUGCCAAUAACUGCUCCUUCAUCUUAACUCGCGUGUUCAGCAAGAAUCUUCACGAGCUGAUAAACGUUAUCCUUGUUCACGUACCCACCAUCGCCUCUGUGGUAUUCUCAGGUAUCCCGAUGCUUAGUCUUUCUACGGUACCUAAAGCCCCUGUAUCCCCGUCCACAACGCAAUCCUUUACCAGCAUGCAUAUUAGAAAGGCAGGCAACGUUCUUGUUUAUGCUAUGGCCUGGAUGUGCUAUAAUUCUGCCCUGAGGUGUCAAGAUAUGCUGUCGAAGUUAGUUGGGGUUGUCCGGCAAACGCAGGUCAAGGCCAAGCCAGCGCCGUAUGACGCCGAUCCAAUUUACAUGCACGCUCCCAAUCCAGCAAAACUCACCAGGUUACAUGAUGCUCACCUAAGGUCCAUCAAUGUGGACUAUCAUGAUAUUUUUUUCGACACCGUUUCUGCCAUAGACAGAUUGCAGAAUAAGUUUGUUUCUUUUAACUCUAACGUUUUCAUGAUUCUAGAAGUAUUGGCGCGGCUUUUGGGCAUCUCUGCAGACAUUAAGAUUGCUAUGCAUUACAAGCAGUAUGGGGAACCCCCUGCAAAUGAAUUUUCUGGCCUUGACCUUAAUGCCUUUCUCAUGAACGACCUCAACCCUCUCACCUACGGGUACCUCUCCCCCACUUCCCAGUCCGGUAGCGGAGGGCCCAGCACCACGAAGCUCUCAGCAACGUUUAUCUUUUCUCACAUGGACGGAACAAGGUUCUAUAACCCAAUCUGUCCUCUCGAGAUUGCUAAGCGAAUCUGUGUCAAUGGCUUCUUGAGUAAGAUUUUGCACCUGAUGGAAACCAAUCCAUCCAUGUCUACCCUCCACUACCUGGGCGGAAGGCUAGUCCUGUGCAUGGCAGAGUACGGUGACCUGGCUCCCCCAGUCGUUCACCACAUCCUUCUCAACUCAGGACUCCUGCGCUCAUACUCCGCAAUCCUAUCCAGCGUGGGAUCCUCUGGCUCCUGCUACAAACCUGUUAAGGAUCGUGACUCCUGGACUUCUUUCAUGGUAAUGUUUGCACAGACGCUUCUUCGUAUGGCCGCUGGCGUUGUUGAUGACAGGGAGUUUAAGUCGAAGUACUCGCACAUGACUAUCCGUGGCAAGGAGAAGCCGACGCAGGACUACAUAACCUACCCGCGGACGUUGGAUGAGCUGGAAACAUAUGCUGCGGCGCAUCCAGACUCCUGCAAUCUUGUCUUAAUUAAGAUACUAUUUGGGUCUCCGGAGUUUACAAGGUUCUCUCACGAGUUCCUGGCAAGAGAGCUUCGUCCUCCAAAGAGAUAUAACGACAGUCACAUCGAGUUUAUCGGAAACGCGCUUCAGUCUGAUCAAACCAAUAUUUCAGUUUUUCACCCGACAGAUGUAAGGGAAGCUAUGAGGAAAAUGAAUAUAACAAAAGAAAUGAUACCCCAGUACAAUAGUCUUUCCAAUGGACCAACCACUUCGUCAGCUCCCUCCCAUGAUUCGCAACUCAUGAUAGAGGCUCGGACUCAAAUGCAACGCAAUAGUCGUGAGAUUCUUACAGGUGUUGGCAGUUUUAUUAAGGCCUCGUCCAACGAUGCGCAGACAGCAUCUCUCAGUGACAUAAUCAACGGCUUUUCCGAUGUUUCUUAUAGCAACAAAAAUCCAGUAUCAAAGCAGUCGCUGGUCACAGAGCAGGCUGCUCAGCCUUGCACUACGCCAGUUUCCUAUUAUAACACAGGAAAGCACGACUUCUCGGAGGCUCUUCAGAGCCUUGGACAGAACAAAAGCGCAAAUUUGGUUCUUCAUCAGCAGCAGCAGAACGCUAGUGUUCGUCAGGCGGUAGCAGUGUCUGCCAAUACGCCAGCGUCUCUUCCGUCAAGCGACUCUGCACCGGCAGCUUCUGUGCAGCAACCUUCGGCGGCACGACGCCGCAGUGUAGACCAAAUACUUUCGGACAGACAACGACCCUACACGAACCUAGUAAGCUCCACAGAGAAUGCGGCCAGCCAAGCCCUUGGGACCCUACGGCCGAGCAUUGAGACGGAUAGUGAUAGGUUUGCUACUAAUCAAACCAGUAAGCAACCAACUCCUGCUUCAACUUUAGAGUCUGCACCUGCAUCGUCCUCUGCGGUUUCUUUGACUACUGUGCUAGCAGAUCCUGCCAAUGCGCGAAUAGGGCAAUACAAGGGAAUACCUAAAGAAGCUCCAACCAAGAACAGGGGGCACGCUGAUACUCUUAAGAAUGCGCUUGAGAACGCGAAAAAUACUAUAAUCUCGGAUCAACGCCCAAUCCCAGUCCCAGAAAUAAAUUCACGGAGCCAAAGCGGAUCGCACUUGAGCGAACGAGAACGGAUAAACCGAGAACGAGAGCGCCUGCAGAAGGAGCGAGAAAUGCUAAUGCACGAGGUGGAGCGCCCAACCUCGACGCAUGUACCAAGAAACGAAAGACUCAUUAAAAUCAUGCGAGACAUGGAUGCAGACGCCAGCGAAAGAUCCUCUGUACUCUUGGAUGUGCCUCCUGAGCUGUUCAACGACUCAAAUCCCAGUCUUGCACGCGAUAUCGAUAACAUUUACACCGGUCAGGUCCGUAGGAAAAGCUACGGAGGCUCGCCUUCGCGCGCUCCCAUAUCGACCCAUACUACACAGGUGCCCACGGUCACCGCAUACUCUGCUAAAAUACCUUCUAGUCGCUUCAGCAGGGUGGCCCAAGAGAUGAAGGAGCCUAAAGCUCCCACCAGGGAGCUUCCAACCCCUACCCUGGAUUCCUUGCUCACCAAAGAUCUUGCUACCGAUCCAGAACCGACUGUCCCACUGGAUCCACGCUUCGAUGGACUGAGGCAGCGUCUUGCAGCAAUGGCCGGCCCCAACCGUACGGACGGCACAUCUAAGCCUACUUCAAAGCAACAGACAGCUGCUGCUGCGGUGGCAGCCCCGCCAGCGGUUCAGCGACGGGCCACAGUUUCUGGAAAGGCAAGCAGCAGCACCACAAAGGUGAUGACAUCUCCUCGCACCUUGAGUUUUGAUCGGGAACGAAAGGUGUCACUGGGGUCCAUUCCUCAGCCUACCCGUGCUGCGGCAAGUGAUGACCCUGUGAGCACUCCAACCGUUGAGUCCAUCACGAUUAACAUGCGCAGUGUCAAUAGUAACCAUGCUUACCACGCUACUGGUUAUUCUACUUCUUAUACACCGCCUAUAACAGUGCCAGAGCCGGACGGGUCUGUAGGCCGUACCUCAAGUUCCGUAAGCCGUGGAAGACAAUCAGCUGGCUCGAGACGAUCCAUCGACGCCACAUCAGUGGCAACAACAAUGGCUUCUCGCAGUCGCCGCGGGAGCAUCACCGACCAGAUACCGCGGAGAAACAUGCAGGGAGAGGAUGCUGCCAAGGCGUCGGAUAUUGAUUCUAACAACAUUAAUUUUCAAGUAUACUCCUCAGGGAUUAACUCGCCACACCCAAUGUCGAUGUCUGUCGAGCUUCGGGACGUUAUAUCGGGGCACGGGCCUGCUGACCACUCUCCGAUUAAGCCAACCAGCACCACAUCGUCGAACACAAGUCUUAGGCAGAUGAUUAGACAAAAGAAUAAGACAGACUAUUUCAACUAA